GAGUUGAAGACUUCAGUGUGGUUGUGUCAGUGAUGGUGGGUGGUUGUUGUUGUGCGCGCUGAUGAGUGCUUCGCGCCACACACUCCUGCCCUCCCCAACCCCGGUGGGGCUCUGUGCCGUGUUGCUGUGUCUGAUAGCUCAGGUCACAGCCACGGAGGUCACCCAGGGGCUAACACCCACGGGGGGGCGCCGGGCCCUGGUGACUGUGGCUGUACCCAUGCAAGACCGCCACGGCAAGUACAUAGAGCAGGAGCUAACUGUGUGGGGGGCUUUCUCGCCCUUGGCGACCGCUGGCCCCGCUGAGGGGAAGUUCCUUCAGUUACAUCCAGGCGCCCUCUGUGAUAGUUUGCGGGCGGACGGUAACGAUUACGAAUUCGGCUGGGUAGGGUUUCUCAAGCCUGACCCUGUACCCAGCAUGCCCAAAAAAUGCAGAUCUGUAUACCAAAUGGCUCGAUACGCGAUCGAGCGCGGGGCGACGGCUCUCCUGGUGGAGCUGGACGGGAUGGUGUCCAUCCAGGAAGAGCUUUUUGCCCACGACCCCUCCAGGGAAAUCCUGAAGAGGCCCUUGGUGGUCCUCCCCCCUGCUCAAGCCCGAAAAUUAUACAGCAUUAUUCUGCGGACAGACAAAGCGCAUGCUCGGAUCGAGAUGUCACCAGCGCGGGACCAUUUUGAUCUGGGAAUUUUCCUCACUUGUUUCCUCCUCAUUUGCCUCGUCUGUCUUGUCAUAGUUGUCAAAAUGAGAUGGCGGAGAAAUAAUAAACAGAAUACGUUAGCGCAGCAAGCUAAACGGGCGCUCUCCCGCAUGGAAUGCAAGAGGUACAGAGAAAAAAAGAAAGAAGAGAAGCAAAAAAUUAAAGUUAAGCUCAAGAAGAAAAAGAAGAUUAAAGUCACCAUUGGCGAAGGAGGGGGAGGAGGAGGUGGGGCUGGAGGAGAGGGAGACUCGGCCAAGAGAGGUGACGGAGAAGAAGAGGAAGAUGAUGACGAAGAGGAGGAAGAGGAAGGCAGCCAUGAAAUAUCCGUGUUGUCCGAAGGGCCUGAGGUAUGUGUCGUGUGCUUGGAGGAGUACAGACCUCACCAGGAACUCCGUGUAUUGCCUUGUAAACAUGAAUUCCAUCGAGCUUGUGUUGAUCCUUGGCUCCUACAACACAGGACGUGUCCCCUUUGUAACUAUAAUAUAAUAGAGGGAUGUUACGAGAGCCCACCGGUAACUUGCUCAUCAGGAUCUGCCCUCACACCUGCUCCUCACCUGUACAGUACCCCGGCCCACGCUCAGUAUGUCUUAGCACCCUCUAAUGCAGCCCACGGGUGCGGCCAUCCUGGGUGCACUGUCCAUGGCAUCCAUGGGUAUGCUGGAAUAACGUAUACCCCUUUACCUCCUGGAUAUAUCAGCCCUCCGCCUGGGUAUACGAGCCCCAGCAUAGGGUACGCCAACCCUGAUCCAGUAUACACGGGUAUGAUUAGUGGUUAUGCAAGCCCCACAGUUGGGUACAGCAGCCCUCCUGCAGGAUAUAAUACUCCUGCAAGUGGGUACAUGAGCCCCAGUGGUAGAUGUUCCAGAGCUGGGCAUGCCAGCCCACAUGGUGGUUACCUUGGUAGUAUUAAUGGAUGCGGGACCUCGGUGGGGGCGGGGUAUGGUGUCAGUUCAUUGUGUGGGUAUGCGGUGAAUCCCAUGCCAGCAUCUGUCUGUGGAUUUGGGUGCUCGGGACCUUGUCACCACGACUCUUCAGUUCUAUCAGAUGCGUGUUUAAUGUACCCUCCAUUAGCACCUACACAUAAUCUCAGGUGCCCACAUGCCCAUGCUCCGCCGUCUGCUUCUCAUCCGCAUAAUCACGUGCCCCAUUCUCAUGGACAACCCCCUGGGUCGAGCAGCGAAGAGGCGGAACACCAGAUAGUCAAGUGGGGUCGUCCUCGUAUUUUCCAAAAUAUUAGUGUAGAAGUUCAGCAUCACCAUGGUGCUACCGGAAGCAGUGGCCGUGCAACUUGUGGAUCCUCAGGAACAAGCAGCAGUAAUUUCCCACGACCCCUCACAUUCCAAACAGUUGGUGUUGGGGCGCGUGGACCUCUCCCAGCAGCCCCUAUGAGCAGAGAACAGCUUGAACCUUUCCUCACAGCUUUAGCAGCAUUGCAGAAAGAGCAGCGCUGUACUAAUGGUGAUGCAAGUGAUUCCUCAUCUUUAGACAAUCUGUCCUGUGAGGUUCAGCCACCAACUACCCCUCAAACUUCGCUGGAGUCAUUACAGGACAGAGUGCCACGCUUGAGGCAAACUCGAGGUUACCAUGGCCACGCUUCAGAUGGCUCCCCUGGUCCUGAAGACAGCAGACACAGAAGUAGCAGGAGAGGACCCCGUAGAGCCACAUGGUGCAGUGUAGGUAUUUUUCCUCAAAACCAGACCAAUCUAACAGACCCUCCAGAACCACCUGAAAGUGGUCAGCAGUUGGAGGAUAUUGCGCAGGUGGCGCUGGGUACUCACCUCGUUACUUUCCAAGCUGCUGGAGGUACAAGAAGCAUAUCCAGUAGCAGUACUGGGGUGGAGUGUCCAACCACAAGCAGAAGAACGCAACUCACAGCCCAGCCAUCUCACUUAUCAACUAGUACCAAGAAAAACCUACAAGAUCAACCUCACAGAAUCUCUUCUCAUGCAGAUGGAAGUUCUGGGCCAAGAUUGGAAGUUACGUGACGUAGGGACACACCCUGUCUCUUUUCCUCCAUUACUGGAACUCUGCGAACCAGUGCUACAUGAAGUGUGGGAACACAGUUCAAGAUAGCCAACUGCUUCGUGCUCAAAGCAAGGUGCACUUCAGGCAGUGAAAUGAUAGAUUAGAUUCUGAGUACAGUAAUAAUGAUGGACCACUGGUCAAUGUUUUUGUUACCAGAAUAAUGCAUAUUCAUGUAUUCAAAAUUUCAAGUACAUACACAGUCAUUCAGAUUUCAACCUUCACCAGUUGAACAUUAAAAAAAUUAUGACCAUCAUAGAUCAUGAUGAUAAUGAAAACAAAUACUGUAUAUGAAAGAUAUUGCUAUCAUUAAGUUUGUCCAGCAUUCUCCAGCCAUGUCAGUUCUGAGAUACUGCAAAAAUGUUCAAAAUAUUAAUUAUUAACAAUUUAUUGGCUAUAUAGGUAUCAGGUAAUACUGUGCUGUGAUAAUAUUUGGUGGUUUGAUUACUUGUAUGCAGACAAUUUCUGGUUCAAACAAGGUUCAAACAAUUACUGUUAAACAAGGAAUCUUUAUCAGCUUGAGUAUUCUAGCUUGAUGCAUGCAGUUUCUAUGGCAAUGCAUUGAGGUUAUAUUGCUAGAUUAGCAUCCUUAUGCAUAGCUUUUCUGAUAAAUUGGUCAUUAUUAACCAGGAAAUUCUAAGACGUUCAUCCUAGAAAAUGAAUUUUAACUGCAUAGUAUUCAAAAUUUAUGACAAUGACAGUAAAUUUUCUUCAAUCUCUAUUACAAGAGCUGCACUUCCUAUAUAUAGGUAUGGUCAUAUUUUUGCAGUGAAAGAGCAUUAUAUUAUCUUAAAAUUAUAACAUUAUUUUGAACUACUACUGGGUUCUUUCAUUAGUAAAGUAAAAGAAAUGUUGCACUGAGGUUAUGAUGCCACAGUGCUUUGAUUUCACUGCUAAUCAUGAAGACAUUUAGUUAAAGUAGAAGCAUAUAUCUCUUAUCACUAUACAUACUAAUUUUGACCCUAAUUUCAAGACAAUAGAACUUAUUUGAGCUGUGUACAAGUGUGAGUUCACGUUUGCUGAAAUGUGAUAGUCUUCAAAAAUAUAUUACUGUACCUGAGCCAUUAAAUAAUAAAGGUCAUAUUGGAUAUGAUAUUUGAUCCAUUUGGUCUGACCUUUUGUCAGUACUAUACACUUGUAUAACUUCCUGAAAUUUCAAAUAAUUUUAUUUAACAUGUUGAGAUAGCUAGUCAAAUCCCAUUUGUCAUUGAAAAAUCAGUCCAGUGUAAAAAUCAUAUGUUACAUCUUACCAAUGGCUCUUUUAGGCAAGAUAAAUCUCUAUGGUUGAGAAAUUUGCAAUCAACAUAAAUAAAUGUUCUCACAAUAAGGGUACCUCACGUGAGGUAGUAAUAAUUAAAUUACAAUAAUGUUCAUUAGUCAAAAGGAACAUUGAUAAAAAAAAAUAUACCAUUAAGUUGCAGUAUGUGACAGGAGAACUUUAACUGCAAAUGUGAUAUGACAGCUUUAGUAAUAGUACAUAGUUUGGAAGAAAAACCUUGCAGUUUACAAAGACUUGACCAGAAAUAAAUACCCUUCAAAAUUUGGCAAAGAUAGCAAAGCUUAAGUUUACUCUUUUCUGUUGUACAAGCCAUGCAGACUGUAUCGUAAGCUAGUACAAGACAGAUUCACUAGAACCAAAGAGACAAUAGUCACCUCAUUAAUCAUUUCUAGUCCUUUUUAUGUGUAUUUUGAAACUCAAAUACAUUUCAUGUGGAUCAGGGCAGAAACUGAUGCACUGUUUGUGUAUCUCUUGUUUUAAGACUUGUUUAAGACUUGUUUUGUGCAAUAGGUGGCUUGAAAUUAUAACUCAUAUUCUGUAAAAAUGAGUAUCUUUGUGACUCCUAAAUAUUUUCAGGACAUUACCGUAUUAUUAGUUUUUUAUAUAUUUUUGUAUGUGUAUUUCAAAGAAAAUAAUGGGUAUUCAGUAUUCAACAAACCAUAUGAUUAGACUAGCAUAUUUGAUUUUUGUGACCUUUUCCCUGCUAUGAAAUGUGACAAAAUUGAAAAAAAAAAAUUAUCAGUAACUACCUCUUUUUUAAGAAAACUUUAGGCUUACAUUGUUUCCAUUUGUAGUAUAGAAGUACAAUUGUAAAUAUUGUAUAGAAAAACUCAUAUUAGAGAGUUUUUGAGUUAAUCAUAGCAUUAGAAAUUCUACUUCCAUUCCAUUACAUUGCUAUUGUAGCUAACUGAAUUUUUAUAAGCAGAGUCCUGAAAACAUUAUGGAGUAUUAAUAUUGUCAAUAAAAUGACAAAAUCUCAGUAUGAAACAAAAUAUUUUACUAAGCUUGUGGUUGUUAACAUUCACAAUACUCUUGAAAUUAUUCUGUUCAUUACAGUUACAUUGGCCCUUGCAUCUAAAAUGCAUUCUAAAGUGAGUUCUGAUACAUAUCAAACAUUUUUUGACAAAACUUAGAGAAAUCUAAGUUAAUGUCAGAAAGAAAAACUAGUGCAUUAAGCAAAGACUUUUGGGAGAUUAUGUAAUUCAAAGUAGUGCACAAAUCAUAGAAAUUUAGAUUUUUCCCUACAGUUUCAGUCAUCUUAACCAUAUCAAAAUAGAAUGAGGGUUUGGAACUCAUCUUUGAUCCACAAGUAACCUACGUGCCUUUAAUUGCAGUUCAAGCAUUUAUAAACUUAAGAAAGAAUCUUUAGAUUUAGAUCUAUGACUAGAAGUAAGAAUUUGUAAAUACUAUUAGAAACUGAAAGUUUUAGAAAAUACCUUCACUUUAAUAUUAUUCUUUAAAGUGUUAUUUUACCAAAGUAUUUUGGUGCGGUCAGCAUUUUUAUUCGAGUCCAUUUGUUAAAAUGGUUUUUAACAAAAUAUUGACCUAUACUACUCCUACUAACACAUAACCUUCAUUUUCAUAUAUUACUGGUUUUUGGUGUUGUUAUUUCAUGUCAUGGGCUGCUGUAUGUGCAGUAUCAUUAAACCUUUAAUAAUUGUGUAGAUCUGUCUUCGUCUCAUAUACAGUGUUAGAGGCUAGAGUAUUCUGUUUAGAUUUUAAUAAUUGCCAAAAACCAAUAAUAACAAGGAAAGUUUCUAGUGAAGUUUGGUCUAAAACUCUCAGUCUUCUUACACUGUCUGUAUAAAGGAAGAAAAAUAAAGUGACUGACUAUAUUAACAUUCAAUGAGAUAAGCAAUUUGUUUUUUCCAAGAAGUAAUGUGGGAUGAUCCUCUUGUUGAGAGAAUUGUUGAAAUAUGUUGUACUGUAGUAAUGUUCUUAGUUCAAACUGCUGUUCUCAUUAAUGUUAAUGUUCCCAAGAGGUGCUAUAUGAUGAUCUAUAUUUUUAUUCUUGUUGCAUGGACUAGUGUAUAUUAAUAUAUUUUGUACUGUUGUACAUUUCAUAAUUUAUUGUAAGUUAUGUAUCAAUAAGAGGAAUGAAAUUAA